AGAGAUCUAUUACGCGCGAGACACGGUGUCACUAUGUUUAAGUUGAACAGACAGUGUAGUAUGAUUAAAUCGAAUUUAAAUCGAAUUGCGACAUAGUAUUCUAAGCAUAUAUAAAAGUUUUAAAAUAUAUUUAGCAGUGCUAUAAAACGAUUUGAAUUGCGCGAAAAAACUGAUGGGUAUAACUUCGUAGCUUACGCUUAUUAGUUUAUAAUUGAACCUCAUAUAACAUCUAAGCACUUUAUUAAAAUAAAUAAAGAUUUCAUGGACACCCUGUGCAAAUCUUAAACGAUCGGUGAUGUGUCAAAAGUUUAAAGCACACACUUGGAGAUUUAUAUGAAAAGUAUGAAAAAUGGAGAGAUAAAACAAGUUAACGAAGAACUUCUAUUUGUGUCAUUUGACUUUGUCUCAAAUAUUAUAUAUACAUUUUUUGGAAAUGAUAUUGCGAAGUAGUAAAUGAAACUUUGGAGUUCUGACAUCAAUUGAUCUGCUUCUAGAAAACACCGUUGUCUGCUUGAUGUGUCACGUGACAAUUUAGCCAUGCACCUUUUAUUCAACAUGGCGACCGGCAAGAGACUUGCAAUCGUUUUUCGACCAAAGACUAUUAGUUUAAUUAACAAUAGUACAUUAAGUAAAUUGUCAGGUGGUAUCGUGCAAACAUGUAACACAUGUAAUCGACCUUUUGCAACAAUUACAUUGGGUGUCGGCAGUUGGAAUUCGAAGAAACCAGAAAAAGAUGUAAUACAAAAUUUUCAAUCAACUCAAAGAAGUAUAUAUACUACAAAUAGUCUUUUAAAACGUACUUAUUAUGACGUAUUGGGGAUACCCAAGAAUGCUUCAGCAAAAGACAUUAAAAAAGCUUACUACCAAUUAGCUAAGAAAUAUCACCCUGACACAAAUAAAGGAGAUCCAAAUGCUAGUAAAAAGUUCCAAGAAGUUUCCGAAGCAUAUGAAGUAUUAAGUGAUGAGACUAAAAGAAAGGAAUAUGACACAUGGGGUGCAACAUCAGAACAAAUGUCAAUGGGUGGCGGUGGUGGUGAUUCUAAUCACACCAGAGGUUUUGGCUCAUCUUAUCACUACACGUCAACCAUUAACCCAGAAGAAUUGUUUAGAAGAAUAUUUGGGGAUGCUGGUUUUCAAAGCAGUGCAUUUAGUGAUUUUGAAGAUUUUGCUGAGUCAAAAUAUGCUUAUGCUGCAGCUCAAGAGGUUGUCAUGAAUUUGACAUUUUCGCAAGCUGCCAGAGGUGUGAAUAAAGAAGUUGUUUUAAAUGUAGUGGACACUUGUGUCAAAUGUUCAGGUUCUCGAUGCGAGCCGGGAACAAAAGCAGUAAAGUGUCCAUAUUGUAACGGUACUGGAAUGGAAACAGUUAGCACGGGUCCUUUUGUAAUGCGUGGUACUUGUCGUUAUUGUCAUGGUACGAGAACAUAUAUUAGGUACAAGUGCACCGAAUGUGAAGGAAAAGGACAAUCGGUUCAACGUAAAAAAGUGAUAGUUCCAGUUCCUGCUGGUGUUGAAGAUGGUCAAACAAUUCGGAUAUCUGUAGGUAACAGAGAAGUAUUUGUAACAUUCCGUGUGGAAAAAUCAAAGUACUUUCGAAGAGAUGGCGCAGACAUACAUACAGAUGCUGAAAUUUCAUUAUCGCAAGCUAUACUUGGUGGCACAAUAAGAAUAGAAGGAGUUUAUGAAGACCAUACUGUGCAAAUUCGGCCGGGUACUUCGUCUCAUACAAAAAUUAGACUUACUGGUAAAGGUUUAAAAAGAGUGAGUGGUAUAGGAUAUGGUGAUCACUACGUUCAAGUUAAAAUAACAGUACCUACAAAACUAAAUGAUAAGCAAUUAGCGUUACUUCAAGCCUAUGCAGAACUAGAAGAUCAUACUCCUGGCAGUAUACAUGGUAUUACAUACAAAACAGAUGGUACAAAAGAAAGCUAUACUGGCCCUCUGAAUUUAGUGGAAUCUAUACGAAUAGCAUUAAAGGAUGAAGACAAUUUACAUAAACAGUCUGCAUCUUUUGAAUCUAAAGAACCAGGAAGUCAACCUGAAAAUAGUACCAGAAGAAAAAAUUGUGCAGCAAAUGAAGACAUUGAUGAAAAGCGAAGGCAAAAAGUGUUAUAGUUCAAUGUUAGAUUUUUCAAUUGUUAGAAAUAUAUUCGCACAUGCAAGUCGUAAAAGAAAUAAAGGCAAAAGUUAAUAAAUACAAUUACAUUAAAAACAAAUAAAUUUAAAGACAAUGAUUUUAAUUCUAUGGUAUUUUCUAUGUAGUUCCUUAAUUAGUGUUAUUGUUUGAUUUAUAUAUAAAUUUAUUAUUGAUAUAAUGUACCAAAUGCAUUGAGAGAUGAAACUUACGCCACUCAUUUAAUAAAUAAUGGAAACUACUUUGUUAUAAAUUAUAUUAAAAGAUUAGGAUCUUCAUCUUGCAGUGAAACCAAAAUCAUAUAAAACUAAAUCUAUAUAACUAAAUAUAUAUAUAAUUUAUUAAUUUAGUUAUAUUGCUUUCGCACGCAGGGGUAAUAUACAGAUAAUUUCAUUUAUAAAACUAUACAAUCGU